UGUAACAGCUAUGAAGUCUUUCAGUUUAAAGAAAACAAUGGAUCGGUUCAGUGAGUUGUUACAGGUUUUUUUUAUAAUUUUUGCCUUUGGGAUAAACUAUUCUACACAAAUAGUUUACCCUUAUGGACCGACCGCUGGGGAUUCACAGUUACGAGUAGCUUACGAGGUUGCUAGUCCGGGCAUUCCACUUAGUGUGCCCGUGAAGUUCUACAAUGAGACUUACGAUACAGUUUUCGUGAACAGUAACGGGCUGGUAUCGUUCAACAUGGAGAUGCCGACGUACUACAACGUACCGUUCCCUCUCGACUACCCGGCGCUGGCCGCGUUCUACGGCAACGUCGACCUGCGCGGCAGCGGCCAGGUGUACUACCGCGUGGCCGCGGACCCUCGGACCCUGGCCGUGGCCGACGGGCUGGUCGCGCGGCUGUACCCGCGGUACGCCGGCCGGUUCGCCGCGGCCGCCGUGUUCGUGGCCACGUGGCACCAGGUGGGCUACUACAAGAAGAACGCGGACAAGACCAACACGUUCCAGGUGGCCAUCGCCACGGACGGCGCCGAGUCGUUCGUGCAGUUCAUCUACCCGUCGCCCAUCCAAUGGGUCCAGUCGUUCAGCGGUCUCAACGUGGUCGGGCUACCGGAUGCCAAAGCGCAGGCCGGCUUCAGCGCGGCCGACGGGCGCAUACAUGUGCUCCGCGGCUCCGGCAGCGAUCAAAUACACAACCUGGACAGAUGGAGUAAUACGGACGCACCGGGAGUUUGGAUGUACAGGGUGGGUAACAUAGGACCGAACGAGAACGUGGAACCACCAGAGUUUUCUGCAAGAUCGAGACCAGACGAAGGCUUGACCUGUGCGGUGGCCGGAGCGUUAUGUCACAACCAAGCCUCGUGCGUGGAUUACGAACAAGGAGACAUGUGUUGUAUAUGCAAGCAAGGGUACUUUGGCAACGGCAUCACUUGUAUCAAAGAAAAUGUCCCCAUCCGCGUCAGUGGAAAAGUCAGUAUCGACGUCAACGGGAUUAUCGUGCCGGAAUCGGACUUGCAAGCGUAUGUUGCCACGGCGGACGGUCGCGUAUACAUGGCUAUGUCGAGCGUGCCAACCAAUCUUGGUUUCGAAAUGCAAUACCUGUCCGUGUUCCCUUCGGUCGUUGCUUGGCUGUUCUCGUUGCACUCGGAGAACGCGUUCAACGGAUACCAGUUGACGGGUGGAGUGGUUAACUACACCGCUGAAGUAACUUUUCCGGGCACCGAACACAGGAUAACGAUUCAUCAACGAUUUUUCGGUCUCAACUCUUUCGAUCAGUUAGUAAUGGAUGCAACCGUACAAGGGACGACGCCUCAGGUCCCAUUGCCGCACACCAGAUUCACAUUGCCCAAUGAUCAGCAACAGUAUACGAUUUCAAAAGGUCGUAUGCACUCCUACUACACUUACAGAUACAAACAAGAAGGAUCCGAUUUCGAACAGCAAGUGACUGUGGCACAAAAAUUCGAAUUCGCACAGCCGUGCAACAAAGCUAUCAGGGAUUUUACGUCGUUUUUGUUACAAAACUCCAAAGCGUAUGCAUAUUACGAGGAAAAAGCCAACAUUCUGCGACUCGUCAGCACCAACAACAUAUACCUGCCGUUCGAAGACGCGCACGACCCUUGUAGCGACGGCCACGCGAAAUGUGUGGCGAACAGCACGUGCGUCCGGGAGGGAAGCACGUUCAGAUGCGAAUGCAAUUUAGGGUUCCACUCGCUGUACGGUCUGGAGUCCGGAUGCGUAGACGUGAACGAAUGCCAGGAUAGGGUGGACCGAUGCGAUUCGAACGCGAUUUGCGUGAACGAGGUAGGCGGGUACAGCUGCCAGUGCAAACCGGGCUACGAAGGCAACGGCUAUUAUUGCGGAGCCACGGCCGUAGCCGUCAGAUCAACCACCGCAGAAACACCGUCGAGAAAUUACAACAUCGAAAACAGCGUGUGCGACGUGCCCAGUAACAUCAGCACUUGUUCCUGCAUUCAAGGAUAUGAAAUACGAUUGCUCUCGGUCGAUCCUACCGAUUUCGAGUGCGUAGACGUCAACGAAUGCAACGUACCGGAAGUCUGUCAUAGGGACAGUUACUGUACCAAUUUUCCGGGUAGUUACUCGUGCACAUGUAACCCAGGUUUCAUCGGAGACGGACUUAGGUGUUUACCGCUAUCUCCCAGAUGUCGAUUAGAAGGACAGAUAUUCAUAGGUCAAGGGUGCCCCGAGCGUAAAGCUUGUACAGCAGAUGCUUGUCAGUGCGCACCAACACACAUCGACGUUGGAGAAUUCUGUGUGCCCCACAAAGAUGUUCCGUUGACCACAACGGUAUACGAAAAUGACAAUACAACUCCAGAAUCAUCGAUUACAUGUGCCGAGAUGAAUAAUUGUCAUGCUCAUGCCCAGUGCAAUUUUAUUUCAUCGGAACAACGAUACAAGUGUCAAUGCAAUUCGGGUUACGAAGGAGACGGAUACGAGUGUUCUGUCAUUGAAAUUCAGUGUCAUAAAUCUAACAUUUGUGACAUGCAUGCUAGUUGUCAAACAGAUGAAGGAGGUCAUUCAAUGUGUGUUUGUCAUAAUGGGUAUGAAGGAGAUGGUAUUAUAUGUACACCAAGUGGAGAAUGUACGUCAGAUUCAAGUUGUGGUCCUAAUGAAAGGUGUAUGUAUAACGAAACCAGUUACAUAUACAGUUGUAGCUGUUUAGAGGGUUAUAUCAAGUUUGAAAACAAAUGUCAAAGAUCACGUUGUUUAUAUGAAUGUCAUAUAAAUGCCAAUUGUGUGCAAGUAGAUCGUACCUAUGCCUGUCGUUGUAACAAUGGAUACAGAGGUAAUGGAGUUACUCAAUGUGACAGGGUAUAUGAAUCUGGUUGUACAGAGAAUUCAUGUCCAUUAAAUUCUGAGUGUCAAAACAUUGGAAAUACUUAUAAAUGUUCAUGUGCUCAAGGAUAUGAAGAAAAUGGGAUCGGUCCAGAGUUUUCAUGCAAAGAAACUUGUAUUGUAAACAGAAGCAUUUGUCAUGCAUCAGCUCAGUGUGUUUAUGAUUCAGGUCAUUAUACUUGCCAAUGUAUACGAGGAUUUAUUGGAAAUGGUUAUAAUUGUAGAGAGCUUAAAAAAACAACAAACGAAGAUAUCUACUUACUUGUAAAUCAAGGAAUGGCAACAUUGCACAUUCCAACAGUUUCAAACAAAACACAUCUGGGUCACUCCAUUCAUCUGAAAUUUGAUAAAAUGGCUAUUGCUUUGGCAGUUGAUUGUUUUGAAGAACAAUUAUACUGGAGUGAUAUAACAGAUCAAACAAUUAAAUCUGCUAAAUAUAAUGGCUCAAUGGUACAAGAAUUUAUUGCUUCUAAUGCAAAAUCAGUUGAAGGGUUGAGUGUGGAUUGGAUUAAUAGAAAGAUUUAUUGGACUGAUUCCGGUUUUAAACGAGUAAUGGCAGCAGAAUUAUCUAAUGGGACACAUAUGACAACAAUUGUGAACUCUUCACUGAGUAAUCCUAGAGGAAUUGCAGUUCAUCCAAACAGGAGGAAAUUGUUCUGGUCAGAUUGGAAUAGAAAAAAUCCAAAAAUCGAAUGGUCAAAUUUAGAUGGUAGUCAAAGAGAAAUUUUUGUUCAAAAGCCAAAUGUAUCAUUACCAAAUUCUAUAGCUAUAGAUUGGUACACAGAAGAAAUAUGUUGGGCUGAUGCUGCUUUACAAAGCAUAGAAUGUGUUGGAAUCGACAGUCGAAUACAACGGACUGUUGUAGCAAAUUGUAGUUAUCCAUUUGGAUUGGCCAUUACACGAGAUAAUUAUUAUUGGACUGAUUGGAUAACUGAGAAAAUUGAAUUUGUAAGUAGAAACAAUAAAAUGAAGAGAGAAAAUCUACCUGUACCUCUUGUUAGUAAUGGACAUAUGUAUGGAAUUGCAGCAGUUACUGGAAAAUGUCCUUAAUAUUAAGACUGAAUAAAUAUAACUCAUUGUCCCCAACAUUUUGUUAAACGUUUAAUGAAAUUAAUACGUAUAAUUAUAA